AGUAGUUCGUCCGAUUUAUUUUUUAAACAAGUUUAUGAAAAACCUAAUGAUUUAAAAGCAAUUAUAUAAUGGCACUUUCAUGCAAACUUGGCCCCAGUCGUUUUUGGCGUGAACGUCUCUGUGUGUCUCCGGAACAUGGAGGAUGUUAAUCAGUCACUCCUAUCUCCGAGAGUCCACGAAGACCAACACCAGUUGCUUCCAAGCCAAACAACAAACACCUCCUUCGCUUCCGAAGUCGAAGAUAUCCCUCCGAUCAAUGGCGUCCGUGAUUUCUUUAGAGAGUUCAACAAGGAAGUCAAGAAGCUCUGGUACCUCGCCGCCCCUGCCAUCUUCACCUCUCUCUGCCAAUACUCCCUUGGCGCCAUCACACAAACCUUCGCCGGCCAGGUCGGCACACUCGAACUCGCCGCGGUCUCCAUCGAGAACUCCGUCAUCGCCGGAUUCUCCUUCGGCCUUAUGCUUGGCAUGGGGAGUGCAUUAGAGACACUGUGCGGUCAAGCAUAUGGAGCAGGACAAGUCGAUAUGUUAGGAGUGUAUAUGCAGAGAUCGUGGAUUAUACUAAUCACUACAGCUCUGUGUCUUAGCUCGGUAUACAUAUUCGCCGGACGGAUUUUGAGGCUAAUCGGUCAAACGGCAGAGAUAUCAAAGGCGGCGGGGACACUAUCUUUGUACAUGAUACCACAGCUGUUCGCUUACGCAAUCAAUUUUCCGAUAGCGAAGUUCUUGCAGGCGCAGAGCAAGAUGAUGGUGAUGUCGCUGAUAGCUGCUGCGGCCUUGGUUCUGCACACGGUUUUUAGCUGGUUAUUGAUGUUGAAAUUGCAUUGGGGACUCGUCGGUGCGGCGGUUGUGCUGAACGCGUCUUGGUGGUUCAUCGACUUGUCGCAGUUUUUGUAUAUCGUUAGCGGCACAUGUGGACGAGCAUGGUCUGGAUUUUCGAUCAAGGCGUUUCACAAUCUUUGGGGCUUUGUUAAGCUAUCGCUCGCAUCAGCGGUGAUGCUUUGCUUGGAAGUAUGGUAUUUCUUUGUAUUAAUUCUGUUCGCAGGGUAUCUAAAGGAUGCAGAAGUUUCUGUGGACGCCUUGUCCAUAUGCAUGAACAUAUUAGGAUGGACACUCAUGGUAGCUAUUGGAAUGAAUGCUGCCAUAAGUGUGAGAGUCUCCAAUGAACUAGGAGCAGGUCAUCCCAGAACAGCUAAAUUUUCAUUAACAGUUGCUGUAAUAACAUCAGCUGCCAUCGGUAUUGCGUUGGCAAUUCUCCUGCUGAUAACAAAAGACAGUUACCCUUCUCUAUUUACAAGCAGUACCCCAGUCAAACAACUUGUUAAAGAGCUAAACCCAUUUCUCGCUGCUUGUAUUGUCAUCAACACUAUCCAACCUGUCCUCUCUGGGGUGGCUAUUGGGGCAGGAUGGCAAGCUGUUGUAGCUUAUGUGAACAUAGGAUGCUACUAUGUGGUUGGAAUUCCAUUAGGCCUCUUAUUGGGUUACAAGCUUGACUUUGGUGUCAAGGGGAUUUGGUGGGGAAUGAUGUGCGGGACCAUUCUACAAACUUGUAUUCUUUUCUGGAUGAUUUACAGAACCAACUGGAACAAAGAGGCAUCCAUUGCAGAAGACAGGAUAAGGACAUGGGGAGGCCCCAGUGAGUCCAAAGAGUGAAUGAGACAAGAAAUAUUGCAGAAUCUUUGGCUACUUUGUAUUUCAAUUAGUUAUUCUUGCAAUAAGAUAACUAGAUAACAUAAAGCAUUAAUUUUCAGUAGUUAAUUGAUUUUGUUACUGGAAAAUGCUGUUCCCCUAAACCACAUUCUCAGUUUGCGAUUGCUGGGUUUUUGUCGUACAAAUGAGCAAUUGAACA